AUGUCCAGCUCUCCCCCCACAUUCGACCCGUACCUCGUUCUCGGGGUUGAUAAAGAUGCCGGUCUUCCAGAGAUCAAGGCCGCCCACCGAAAACUCGUGCUCAAGUGCCAUCCUGACAAGGUGAAAGAUGAGUCGUUGCGGAGCCAGGCCAGGGACGAGUUCCAGCGCGUGCAGGAGGCCUACGAGCUCCUCUCUGAUGAGAAACGCCGCGCCCAAUAUGACAAUGAGGUCCGUCUGGCCCAACUGCGGAAAGAGAAGAUGGAACGGUCGUCCACGAAAGCGACUAGAGGCCGAGAAUAUCGUGAUGGACGCUUCUACGAAGAGCGCACCCCGGCUAGUGCCAGCUACUAUGAUGAUGUCGAUGAAAUCCGGCUCUCGGAGGAACCGCGGGCGCACUCUCGGAAACAUGACGACCAUGGGAGGCGAUCGCAUUCGAAACCCACAGAGGAGAAGAAGAAGUCGAAACCGGUUCCUCUCAGCACCCCGCGGGCGUCCAAGGAGAGCAAGGAGAGCAUUCGCGAACAAGUGAAGGCCAGCCAUCAUGACCGCGCCAAAGAUCGGACCAAGGAGCGCCGCAGAGACUUGGACGACAAGUACGAGCGGACGAAGGGUCCCUACGUCGUCAGCGACGUCGAGGACGAGUCCUCGGCGUCAUCAGAUGCUUCCCACAAAAUCUACAUCAAGGUUAAUAAACACUCGUCCAAGUCUCCCCGGUCCCGCGAGCCUGAUCCACCACGCAGCAAGCCCGAACCAGAACCAUCUCGAGAAUCCGAGUAUCGACGGUAUGAUGCGGAUGCAGCCGUGGAUGAGGGCGCGGACGACUAUGUUGAUGAGUUGCAAUCCAAGUUCGACGACCUGGAAAGCUCGGUCAGGGAUUAUAUUGAACGCUCCAAACACGAUCCUCACGUCGAAUACGAUCAUCGACGGCCCCAGUUCUCGCGUUCACCGCACACCUACGGCGGGUACGAAUCGAGCGAUUGGUACGAGCGGGAGGCCACACGGUAUUCUUCGAGUCGCUCGCAUCGGAGAACGGAGAGUGCCCGGGUUGCGACCUCGUCGCCGCCGCCCCGGAGAUCGCACGAACGCCUGGACGAUCCACACCGGACGUACGAGCGUACAGUGCCCAGCAUGCCCACGGCGCCGACGGCUCCCAAAGUCUCUUCUUCCUCGAGGCCUCCUCCCCAGCCGACUCGAUCGUCGACUGCACCCUACCCUCGAUCUCGACGCGAGGGCUCCAGCUGGUCGGAGCCAAGUCCGCUCUACAACAUGGUCAAUAGCGUGGCUGAUUCCCCUCCUCCACGGACCAAGUUGAGGAGCGCCGACCGCAAUGACUCGGGCUAUUCCAGUCCGGGGACGCCUGAGAUGCCGCAAAGCAGCAGCGGUCCGAAGGUGAACCGGUACAAGAUCGUGGAUCCGCCCGAGACGAUCACGAUAGAGCCGCAGGAGACGCAUCGAUACCAGCGGAGCACGUCGCCGAUACGGUCGGAGCGUCCAUCGGUCACCACACGGACGCCGUCGUCGAAACCCUCGCGCAGCUCGACAACGACGACAGCACCGACCAAGACGUAUACCUAUUCACCCGAGACAGGAGUCCGGUAUGAGAUGGCUCGGCCAGCGGCCGCGACGGCGGCGGCAGCGACGACGACGACGACGACGACCAGAGCGCCUCCGGUGCGAGUGGUAUAUGAAGAGGUUCGGUAUGCACCGGAGAUCAAACUCGAGAACAUCCAAUAUGCGUAUCCUCGCUACGAGGACGUUCGUUACACACGGCAGCCAGCCUACUGA